CGACUGCCCGCGUGAGUCUCGGUGUCAAUCUGGCGUCGAAAGGAGAGAGUGCGGUGAUUUACAGCAAGGUCCGAGAACGACAAGCUCGUCUCUCGCUGCGCAAAGAGGAAAUCACAUGUCGCUCCGGCUCAUCGGUAGCGCCCGCUUCCGCCCGCUUCGCAACCUGUGGAUGCUCGAGGAGCUCGGCGUGCCGUAUGUGCACGAGCCGGUGCGCCCGCGCUCUGCAGAGGCCAACGCGAGCAAUCCCUUUGGCAAGGUACCGACGCUGAUAGACGGCGAGUUUACGAUAUACGAGAGCGUCGCGAUAAACACCUAUCUCGGCGACAAGUACCGAACCUCCGCGCUGGAGCUGGUGCCGCCGCCCGCCACGACAGCGCGCGGCCGCUACGAGCAGCUGAUAGCAACCAUCUACGGCGAGCUGGACUGCCAGGCGCUCUGGAUCCACCGCAAGCACGCGAGCGACGUGGCAAAAUUCAUCGGCGCGCCGAACCCGGAGGCGACCGAGGUUGCUCGCAAGCACGCCGACAAGGUGGUGGACGUGCUCGCCGACGAGCUGGGCCGCUCCGGUGGCGAGUACCUGCUCGGCAGCCAAUUCUCGGCGGCCGACAUCCUGCUGGUCCACUGCUGCAACUGGGCCGAAUCGAUCGGCUGGGGCGAGCGCUGGAGCGGAGAGGCGCCGCAGCUGCAAGGCCUUGCCGCCUACCUCGAGCGUUGCCGCAGCCGCCCUGCGUAUGCACGGGCAAAGGCGCUGCCGUGAGCGGCGUUCACGUAAUUUUAUCCGUCCGCACGUGCGUUUACGCAUCCCUCUACCCCCAUCCGCCGUGGCGGCCCGUGGUGCCGCCCGUUUUUUCAAUGCUUUCUGUGUGAAGGUUUCGUGUCUUUCUCUUGCUAUCUAUCCCGUCUCGAGUUCUCGACUGUCUGUGCUUGUGCGUCUUGGGUCCGGGAGGGUUGUGUUUUAUGUGAAGGCUUCGUCGGAGU